CCUUCUGUAAAACGGUUAUAUAUUCUUAUUCCUCACGGUGUCAGUAUAGACCAGCUAAGGAGUCAAAUGUUCAGCCCGCUUUGCACACCACCCAUUAUUGGGAUUGACCAACCCUGUUCUGUAUAGCCUUCAACAAAGGCGACUAAUGCUUGGACGGCACAUACAUUGAUCUAAUGAUUAUUUCGUAUAAUAGACACUAACGUUUUUUAAUUUGUGUAGCAGCCUACUGUCUGAGGAUGGUGUAUACACGGAGAGUUCUUCCAAGCUACGGCUUUUUAUUUCUCUUUGUUGUUCUGCUGCAUUACGCACACGGAGACCUGAGCUAUUCUGUACAGGAGGAGCUGAAGCGCGGAUCCGUUAUUGGAAAUAUCGCCAAGGAUCUGGGAUUGGAGGUGGGCAGACUUUCUGCUCGUAAAGCUCGUGUUGACAUGGAAGGAAACGACAGACAAUAUUGUGGGAUUAAUCUUCGAACCGGAGAUUUAGUGGUUGCAGAAAGAAUAGAUAGAGAGGAGCAUUGUGGAGAAAAGCCUUCGUGUGUUCUUAAAUUCGACUUGCUAUUAGAGAAUCCAUUGGAGCUACACCGGUUGUCGCUGCAGGUGCAGGAUGUAAACGACAAUGCACCAAUUUUCCCGAAGGAUAUUAUAAAGCUUGAAAUUAGAGAGUCAGCUGUCAAGGGAGCAAAGUAUCGCGUUAAUGCAGCACAAGACGCAGACAUAGGCAAGAACUCCGUUGAAAGCUACAUUCUGCAACAAAAUCCCCACUUUGUGUUGAGUAUUCAGACUACUAGAGCUGGCAGUAAAUAUGGUGAGUUGGUUUUGGAUAAGGAGUUAGACCGAGAGGAGCAGCAAGAAAUGAAAUUAUUGCUCACAGCUGUGGAUGGUGGCUCUCCUCAGAGAUCCGGGACUGUAGUCAUACACGUCAUUGUACUGGAUGCUAAUGAUAACGCCCCAGUGUUUACGGAGGCCGUAUAUACAGCCACUUUACCGGAGAACUCACCUAUGAAAACCCCAGUUAUCACUGUAAGUGCAUCAGACUCAGACGAAGGUGUGAACGGAGAGGUUACAUAUGAAUUUGGCCGAAUCUCUGAUAAAUUACAAAAGCUUUUUUCACUUGAUGAGAAAACCGGAGAAAUUAGUGUAACAGGUGACAUAGAUUAUGAAGAGGGACCCAAAUAUGAAGUAUUUGUAGAAGCCAAAGAUGGCUAUGGUCUCUCUUCAGAAGCAAAGGUGAUUAUUUAUAUCACUGAUGCGAAUGAUAAUGCUCCUGUUAUAUAUCUGAAAUCACUGUCUAACCCCAUACCCGAGAAUGUGUCACCUGGUACAGAGGUGGGCAUCAUUAAUGUACAGGAUAGAGACUCUGAGACUAACAAACAGGUCCGCUGCUCCAUUCAGCAAAACGUCCCUUUUAAGUUGGUUCCUUCUAUUAAAAACUAUUAUUCUCUGGUGACCACAGGACAACUGGACCGUGAACUAGUGUCUGAUUACAACAUUACAAUCACUGCCACUGACGAGGGCUCUCCACCUCUGUCCUCCUCUAAAACUGUUCAGUUAUCUGUAGCAGAUAUCAACGACAACCCACCUGUGUUUGACGAACAGUCCUACAGCGCAUAUGUGACUGAAAAUAACAAACCUGGCUCCACUUUAUGUUCCGUUACUGCUCGAGACCCCGACUGGAGACAAAACGGUACAGUGAUUUAUUCUCUGUUAGCUGGUGAGGUGAACGGUGCCCCGGUGUCCUCCUAUCUGUCUGUUAACGGAGAUACGGGGGUGAUCCACGCUGUGAGGUCGUUUGAUUAUGAACAGUUCAGGAGUUUUAAAGUCCACGUGAUGGCCAGAGACAACGGUUCUCCUCCGCUCAGCAGCAACGUGACCGUCAGUGUCUUUAUAUCUGAUGUGAAUGACAACUCUCCUCAGAUACUGUACCCCUCCCCGAAGGGCAACUCCCUCAUGACCGAGCUGGUCCCCAAAGCUGCACACGGAGGCUCUCUGGUGUCCAAAGUGAUAGCGGUGGACGCGGACUCCGGACAGAACGCCUGGCUGUCCUAUCAUAUAGUCAAAUCCACUGAUCCGGGACUUUUCACUAUUGGUCUCCACAGCGGAGAGAUCAGGACACAGCGGGACAUUUCUGAAUCAGACAGCAUGAAACAGAACCUUAUUGUGUCAGUGAAAGAUAACGGACAGCCCUCUCUCUCUGCCACCUGUUCCAUGUAUUUACUUAUUUCUGAUAACUUGGCUGAGGUGCCAGAACUGAAGGAUAUUUCUUAUGAUGAGAAUAAUUCCAAACUGACCUCUUAUCUGAUCAUCGCGCUGGUUUCUGUGUCCACCUUUUUUCUGACCUUCAUCAUCAUCAUCCUGGGUGUGAGGUUUUGUCGCAGGAGAAAGCCCAGACUGUUGUUUGAUGGAGCAGUUGCCAUCCCCAGCGCUUAUCUUCCUCCUAAUUACGCCGAUGUUGACGGCACAGGAACUUUACGCAGCGCUUACAAUUAUGACGCAUACCUGACAACAGGAUCUAGAACCAGUGACUUUAAGUUCGUGACAUCUUACAAUGACAACACACUGCCUGCUGACCAGACUCUGAGGAAAUGUCCUAGUGACUUUGCUGACUUUGGAGAUUGUGAUGACUCUCCUGAGGUUUUUUCACUAGAUGAGAAAACUGGAGAAAUUAGUGUAACUGGUGACAUCGACUAUGAAGAGGGACCCAAAUAUGAAGUAUUUGUUGAGGCCAAAGAUGGUUAUGGUCUCUCUUCAGAAGCAAAGGUGAUUAUUGACAUCACUGAUGUGAAUGACAACUCACCGGUGAUAUAUCUGAAAUCACUGUCUAACCCCAUAUCUGAGAAUGUGUCACCUGGUACAGAGGUGGGCAUCAUUAACGUACAGGAUAGAGACUCUGAGACUAACAAACAGGUCCGCUGCUCCAUUCAGCAAAACGCCCCUUUUAAGUUGGUUCCUUCUAUUAAAAACUAUUAUUCUCUGGUGACCACAGGACAACUGGACCGUGAACUACUGUCUGACUACAACAUUACAAUCACUGCCACUGACGAGGGCUCUCCACCUCUGUCCUCCUCUAAAACUGUUCAGUUAUCUGUAGCAGACAUCAACGACAACCCACCUGUGUUUGAGGAACAGUCCUACAGCGCAUAUGUGACUGAAAAUAACAAACCUGGCUCCACUUUAUGUUCCGUUACUGCUCGAGACCCCGACUGGAGACAAAACGGUACAGUGAUUUAUUCUCUGUUAGCUGGUGAGGUGAACGGUGCCCCGGUGUCCUCCUAUCUGUCUGUUAACGGAGAUACGGGGGUGAUCCACGCUGUGAGGUCGUUUGAUUAUGAACAGUUCAGGAGUUUUAAAGUCCACGUGAUGGCCAGAGACAACGGUUCUCCUCCGCUCAGCAGCAACGUGACCGUCAGUGUCUUUAUAUCUGAUGUGAAUGACAACUCUCCUCAGAUACUGUACCCCUCCCCUGAGGGCAACUCCUUCAUGACCGAGCUGGUCCCCAAAGCUGCACACGGAGGCUCUCUGGUGUCCAAAGUGAUAGCGGUGGACGCGGACUCCGGACAGAACGCCUGGCUGUCCUAUCACAUAGUCAAAUCCACUGAUCCGGGACUUUUCACUAUUGGUCUCCACAGCGGAGAGAUCAGGACACAGCGGGACAUUUCUGAAUCAGACAGCAUGAAACAGAACCUUAUUGUGUCAGUGAAAGAUAACGGACAGCCCUCUCUCUCUGCCACCUGUUCCAUGUAUUUACUUAUUUCUGAUAACUUGGCUGAGGUGCCAGAACUGAAGGAUAUUUCUUAUGAUGAGAAGAAUUCCAAACUGACCUCUUAUCUGAUCAUCGCGCUUGUUUCUGUGUCCACCUUUUUUCUGACCUUCAUCAUCAUCAUCCUGGGUGUGAGGUUUUGUCGCAGGAGAAAGCCCAGACUGUUGUUUGAUGGAGCAGUUGCCAUCCCCAGCGCUUAUCUCCCUCCUAAUUACGCAGAUGUUGACGGCACGGGAACUUUACGCAGCGCUUACAAUUAUGACGCAUACCUGACAACAGGAUCUAGAACCAGUGACUUUAAGUUCGUGACAUCUUACAAUGACAACACACUGCCUGCUGACCAGACUCUGAGGAAAAGUCCAAGUGACUUUGCUGACUUUGGAGAUUGUGAUGACUCUCCUGAGGUAGGAACACGUCUCACAUUAUCUGUGCUCGUAUUUAAUAAGGCAUCCCCCGUUUUCUAUGCAGUACUCAAUUUUCACUUGGCCUUUUUACUUUUAACUUCCACAGACACAAUUAAAUCGCUUCAGUUUAACUUGGGAACAGCAAAGACAAUCACGAAUGCAUCAUUGAUAUAUUGUAUUGAAAACUUGAAUAUUAGUGGAGUUUUUGUCGUCAGAAAAAUGGGACACUGCCGGUUUUCGCUUCACUGCUACGGCCUUGCUUUUCUGUUUCUGGCCCUCCACCCCAUCAAUGGAGACGUGAGCUACUCUAUACCGGAGGAGAUGAAACGGGGAUCUGUAAUCGGAAAUAUCGCUAAAGAUCUGGGACUUGACUUGGGCAGACUGUCUGCUCGCAAGGCUCGUAUUGAUACUGAGGACAACAGCGUUCAAUACAGCGGUGUUAACCUCAAUACCGGCGAAUUGAUCGUACAAGAAAGAAUUGACCGAGAAGGGCUUUGUGCGAAAAAAGCAUCAUGUGUUUUAAAACAGGAACUCGUACUGGAAAAUCCACUAGAACUGCACCGUAUUAGUAUCCGUGUUCAAGAUAUGAAUGAUAAUUCACCGCAGUUUAAAGAGGAUUCACUUAAGAUUGAAAUUCAGGAAUCGGCUGUUAAGGGUGCACGUUUUCUUCUUGGAGAGGCACAUGACGGAGACAUCGGAGAAAAUUCUGUUCAGGGCUACUCUCUUCAGCAGAAUGACAAUUUCAAAUUAAACGUAAACACAAAAGCAGGUGGACGAAAAUAUUGCGAAUUAGUUUUAGACAAAGAAUUAGACAGAGAGGACAAACAAGAGAUUAUGUUAUUGCUUACCGCAUUUGAUGGUGGCUCUCCUCAGAGAUCAGGUACUGUAGUCAUACACGUCACUGUACUGGAUGCUAAUGAUAAUGUACCAGUGUUUCGUGAGUCUGUCUAUAAAGCAAGUCUGCCUGAAAACUCUCCUCUGGAAACAUUGGUGAUCUCAGUGAGUGCAACUGAUGCAGACGAGGGAUUAAAUAGCGAAAUUACCUAUGGAUUUGAUCAUGUUACAGAUGAAAAUAGUAACGUUUUUUCCUUAGAUUCUAAAUCGGGAGAGGUGCGAGUAGCUGGAGCUAUUGAUUAUGAGAAAGUUUCAUCCCAUGAAAUGCAAAUAAGUGCAAAAGAUGGUCUGGGAUUAGUUUCAUAUGUAACUUUAAUAAUUGAAAUUACAGACAUAAAUGACAAUGCUCCAGUUAUAUAUCUGAAAUCACUGUCUAACCCCAUACCUGAGAAUGUAUCACCUGGUACAGAAGUGGGCAUCAUUAAUGUACAGGAUAGAGACUCUGAGAAUAACAAACAGGUCCGCUGCUCCAUUCAACAAAACGCCCCUUUUAAGUUGGUUCCUUCUAUUAAAAACUAUUAUUCUCUGGUGACCACAGGACAACUGGACCGUGAACUAGUGUCUGAUUACAACAUUACAAUCACUGCCACUGACGAGGGCUCUCCACCUCUGUCCUCCUCUAAAACUGUUCAGUUAUCUGUAGCAGACAUCAACGACAACCCACCUGUGUUUGAGGAACAGUCCUACAGCGCAUAUGUGACUGAAAAUAACAAACCUGGCUCCACUUUAUGUUCCGUUACUGCUCGAGACCCCGACUGGAGACAAAACGGUACAGUGAUUUAUUCUCUGUUAGCUGGUGAGGUGAACGGUGCCCCGGUGUCCUCCUAUCUGUCUGUUAACGGAGAUACGGGGGUGAUCCACGCUGUGAGGUCGUUUGAUUAUGAACAGUUCAGGAGUUUUAAAGUCCACGUGAUGGCCAGAGACAACGGUUCUCCUCCGCUCAGCAGCAACGUGACCGUCAGUGUCUUUAUAUCUGAUGUGAAUGACAACUCUCCUCAGAUACUGUACCCCGCCCCGGAGGGCAACUCGUUCAUGACCGAGCUGGUCCCCAAAGCUGCACACGGAGGCUCUCUGGUGUCCAAAGUGAUAGCGGUGGACGCGGUCGGACAGAACGCCUGGCUGUCUUAUCAUAUAGUCAAAUCCACUGAUCCGGGACUUUUCACUAUUGGUCUCCACAGCGGAGAGAUCAGGACACAACGGGACAUUUCUGAAUCAGACAGCAUGAAACAGAACCUUAUUGUGUCAGUGAAAGAUAACGGACAGCCCUCUCUCUCUGCCACCUGUUCCAUGUAUUUACUUAUUUCUGAUAACUUGGCUGAGGUGCCAGAACUGAAGGAUAUUUCUUAUGAUGAGAAGAAUUCCAAACUGACCUCUUAUCUGAUCAUCGCGCUGGUUUCUGUGUCCACCUUUUUUCUGACCUUCAUCAUCAUCAUCCUGGGUGUGAGGUUUUGUCGCAGGAGAAAGCCCAGACUGUUGUUUGAUGGAGCAGUUGCCAUCCCCAGCGCUUAUCUUCCUCCUAAUUACGCAGAUGUUGACGGCACAGGAACUUUACGCAGCGCUUACAAUUAUGACGCAUACCUGACAACAGGAUCUAGAACCAGUGACUUUAAGUUCGUGACAUCUUACAAUGACAACACACUGCCUGCUGACCAGACUCUGAGGAAAAGUCCAAGUGACUUUGCUGACGUAUUUGGAGACAGUGAUGGUUCUCCUGAGGUAGGAACACAUUUCAUGUCACUGAACUUGUGUUCAUCAUCCUGAAG